AGCGGGCGCUAGAAGCAAUCUUUAAUUCUGUAAUUUCCACUCUUCCAUCAUCUCUUCACAAAUCACAACUACCAUGUAAGCCCUUCAAAAUAUCUCAUUCUUCUUCGUUGCUCUCUGUGUACAGGGCAGAGACCACUACACAAAUGGCGAGGACCAGGACUGCUCAUAAUCGAAACGACAACAGGGCUGGCCCUUUCUUUUUUGCCACUCUCAUUCUGUGGUUAGUCUCUGUUUGGUUUGAGAUUCUAUUCAAUAAGCGCAGGGAGCUACUUUGGAUUAUUGCAGGAACUUUCUUGUUCCAGAUAGCCAACUGGGUCAUUCGAUUUUUCGUCUCUCGUGACCCUCUAUUUGUUAACACCUCUGUUUCUCUACUCCACUCCAUUAUCACCUCCGUUUCAGUGGUUUUCAUUUUAGUCCAUCAGUGUUUAAAAACUGGUUCAGAUGGGUUGUUUGAGCAUUCACAACUGGUUGGAGGUACAUGGGAAUUGGCAUACCCCACUUUGUGUUUCUCGUGUGGUUAUUUUGCAUAUGAUCAGUUGGAUAUGCUGCUGUACCGAUUAUACAGUGGCUUGAUCCCUUCCAUCCUCAUGCACCAUCUGAUACUUCUCAUUUGCUUUACACUGGCUCUGUAUCGAAAUGCCACAGUCAACUACCUUAUUCUCACUCUGAUUUGUGAGCUGCAUUCAAUCUUCCUACAUGUUAGGAAAGUGCGACGGAUGGCUGGUGUUCGGGAUGCUAAGAGCAAAAUUGUGAAGUUAGAAUGGUUUCUUAAUUGGGUCACUUUCAUUUUCGCAAGAUCUAUGUCUCACAUUCUCAUCACCAUCAAGCUAAUCGGAGAUGCUUCCAAGUUUGAAAGGGGUGUGCAGUUGCCACUUGCUUUGUUUGGGAUGGCUGGAAUGAAUUUGCUCAAUGUUGGUCUUGGCAUUGAUCUUUUUAAUGCAUUCAAAAGAGAGAGAAAUCCUCAUAAAAGUAGUCAUAAUCAUGGUGAAUGACCCCAAGAAUGAGGGGCAAAAGGAGUGUGUAUCUGAUUUUUUUUUUUCCUGGAAAUUUUUUAAUUUAGAUUGUUUGAAUGUUGGGGUUGCAGUUGCCUUUAGCCCAAUGUAAUAUCCUCUGAUGAAAGCAACUAGCUUUGUAAAUUGUGAGCAAAGGGAACAUGUUUGUUUUCCAACAAUCUGUUGUAAUGAGUUUUAUGCAGUAAUGAGAUUCAUUGCCUCCAAUUUCAUUCUA